AUGAGCUCCGUCCGCACGGUGCGGCCGCGCCCGCUGGGGUCGGAGGAGCGCAUCCCGGUGUUCUGGGCGGGCCAGGAGGCGCCGCCGGAGAUCCGUGCCGUCGACGGCGGCUCGUUGUACAGAUACCUGGUGUCAGGCACGCCAAAAGCCGGCCAAAAGCGCGCGCGCGGGGACAAGUACCAUGCGCCUCGCGAGGCCGCACCUCCCGGACCCGCCAGCGGGCAGAAAGCCCGCAAGAAGGAGAGCCCUGACGAGGCGCGCAUCCACAUUCCGCGCGUGCGCCUAGUGGCCGACUACCACCGCAACGUCAGUGCGCUGCAGCCCAAGCCCACAUUUGCCAGCACCCCGGGCGGCGCCCUGGCGAUGCCCUACGUGCGGUGGGCGCCGCCGCUGCCUGGCAUGUACGACGACCGGCCCCCUGAGUACGACGUGGACGACGCUGACGAGGCGUGGCUGGCAAAGGCGAACACUGCGGCCGCCGCCGAGGCGGGCGCAGCGGGCGGCAGCGUGGGCGGCGGCGGCGCGAGGGGUAGCAGCGGCCGCGGUGGCGGCGGCGGCAGCGGCGGUGCCGGCCACAACGGUGGCAUCAUAGCGGCCGCACGUGGGCUGUAUGCAACGGUGGCCAGCCGAUUCCGCACGGGCAGCGGCAAUCUGGGCACAGAGUCGCCGACAGCCCGCGAAUCUCUGGCGGAUGGCGGAGCAGGCAGCGGACCCCCCGCGCUGGGUGUUGUGGAGUUCGAGCGGGCGAUUGAGAAGCUGGAGUUGCUGCACUUCACGGCUGUUGGGAAGUGGUGGAGCGACCUGAAUGAUGGCCCGUCGACUUCCGCGCCGUCCCAGGCGCCCAAGAUACCGGCGACCAAGCAGCUGCUGCCCAAGGCGCGUGCUGUGGAGGAGCUGGGCGAGCUGGUAGCUGACAGGAAGCUGGCGGGGCAGCUGUAUGACCACUGGCUCAAGCGGCGGCAGCAGCUGGGAGGCCCGCUGCUGGAACGGCUCUGGUUUGAGGUGCCGUGGAAGUUUGUUGCUUUUGCCCACCUACUGGGCGAUGAGGAGGGCGACGACGAGCUGCUGCCCUUCAUGGCCAGCGAGUCGCGGAGCGCCAAGCGGCGCGCGGGCGCGCGGCGGCGCGUCAAUGACGAGGACGCGCUGGAGGCGCUGCAUGCGCUGCGUUCGGAGCUCGAGAUUGUGCGUACCCUCGCCGACCAGGUCCGCAAGCGCGAGAAGACCAAGCGCGUGCUGCUGCUGCUCUGGCAGCAGGAGUGGCGCAUGCGCGCCCACCUCGGCAACUUCCCGCCGCCGACGCCCCCGCCGCGCCACGAUAGCCGCGAACUCCCGCACUGGGGCCACGGGGUCGGCCACCCCCUCGGCCGCGGCGCGACGUCCUCGCGCGCGCCCUCGCGGCCCGCGACGCCCGCUGCGGACAGCGACUACGAGCGCGAGGACGCGCAGCGGGCCGGCGCGCGCGCCGGCGGCGAGCCCGCGCUCAACCGCAGGGGGCGGCCAGCGCGCGCGGCUGCGGCGGCCGCCAACGCCGGCAUCCACGCGUCAGUGCAGGCGGAGCGGGACGUGCCUGAAAACGCGUGGGCGGCGUCGCGGGGGCGCUCACCGCGUGUGCACGCGCCGGAGGCCGCGGCGGCGCGGGGCGUUGGGCUCGGUCAUGCUGGCGGCGGCGGGGGCGACGGGCAGGGCUUGGAGGAGGGGGGCCCGGCCCACUGCAACAGCAGCAGCAGCAGCAGCAGCAGCAGCAGCAGCAGCGUCGUGGGCGCGGGCGCCCUCCGGCGACGGCGGUGGACCCGCAGCCACGCCCCGCGCUCGGUGGCGGCACUGUCCACGAGCACGGCAGCGACCACCCUGAUCACCAACCGGGAAAGCUCAUUCGCAGGAACGGCGUAG